UCACUCCACCUCCAUCCUGGCUUUGGUAUGGAGGAGGGGGCACAGGGCCAGACAGACCUAUGAGACUUUGGCUCCAUCUCUGCAAAAGGGCGCUCUGUGAGUCAGCCUGCUCCCCUCCAGGCUUGCUCCUCCCCAACCCAGCUCUUGUUUCCAAUGCACGUACAGCCCGUACACACCGUGUGCUGGAACACCCCACAGUCAGCCUCAUGGCUCCUCUGUGCCCCACCCUCUGGCCCCCUCUGUUGAUCCCAGCCCCUGCUCCAGGCCUCACUGUACAACUGCUGCUGUCACUGGUGCUCCUGGUGCCUGCCCAUUCCCAGAGGCUGCCCCAGAUACAGGAGGAUGCCCCCCUGGGAAGAGGCUCAUCUAAGGAAGAUGACCCACUGGAAGAGGAGGAUCUGCCCAGUGAAGAGAAGCUACCCAGAGAGGAGGGUCCACCUGGAACAGGAGAUCUACCCAGAGGAGAGGAUCUACCUGAAGUUAAGCAUAAACUAGAAGGAGAGGGCUCCCUGAAGUCAGAGGAUCUAUCUACUGUUGAGGCUCCUGGAGAUCCUCAAGAACCCCAGAAUAAUGCCCACAGGGACAAAGGAGGGGAUGACCAGAGUCAUUGGCGCUAUGGAGGCGACCCGCCCUGGCCCCAGGUGUCCCCAGCAUGUGGGAGCCGUUUCCAGUCCCCGGUGAAUAUCCGCCCCCAGCUCGCCGCCUUCUGCCCCGCCCUGCGUCCCCUGGAACUCCUGGGCUUCGAGCUCCCGCCGCUCCCAGAACUGCGCCUGCGCAACAAUGGCCACAGCGGCAGGGACGGCUCACUUGCCUCUCCCCACGCAGUGGAGUUGACCCUGCCUCCCGGGCUGGAGAUGGCUCUGGGUCCCGGGCAGGAGUACCGGGCCCUACAGCUGCAUCUGCACUGGGGAGCUGCGGGUCGUCCGGGCUCUGAGCACACUGUGGACGGCCACCGUUUCCCUGCCGAGAUCCACGUGGUUCACCUCAGCACUGCCUUUGCCAAAGUUGACAAGGCAUUGGGGCGCCCCGGAGGCCUGGCCGUGUUGGCCGCCUUUCUGCAGCCUCCAGCCAUGGCCCUGGAUACAUGCAUUCAUCUGUCUUACAAUGUCAUCCCCCAGGAGGGCCCAGAAGAAAACAGUGCCUAUGAGCAGUUGCUGUCUCAUUUGAAAGAAAUCGCUGAGGAAGGCUCAGAGACUCAGGUCCCAGGACUGGACGUAUCUGCACUCCUGCCCUCUGACCUCAGCCGCUACUUCCGAUAUGAGGGGUCUCUGACUACACCACCCUGUGCCCAGGGUGUCAUCUGGACUGUGUUUAACCAGACAGUGAGGCUGAGUGCUAAGCAGCUCCACAUCCUCUCUGACACCCUGUGGGGACCUGGCGACUCUCGGCUACAGAUGAACUUCCGAGUGACGCAACCUUUGAAUGGGCGAGUAAUUGAGGCCUCCUUCUCUGCUGGAUUGGAGAGCAGUCCUUGGGCUGCUGAGCCAGGUGCAGCUUUGUCUGUCCAACUGAACUCUUGCCUGGCUGCUGGUGAGUCUGUGCCCCUCUUCUUGCUCCUGAUGCCAGGAGACUCCUCAGCACCAUUCAGCCCUAGGGCUGCUCAAUACUGCCUCUGCUCCCUCUCCUUUUCUGCAGAACCGACCCCAUCUCCAAUAUUAGAGAGGCAGAUCCUGGUGGGGAUUCCCCCAUUGUCCCCAGGGCCAAGUUGAUUAGAAUGAAGCUUGAGAAAUCUCCUAGCAUCCCUCUCCCAAACAACCCCCCGCCUUUUUUAGAGAUAGGGUCUCACUCUGUUGCCUAGGCUGGUGUUGUGGCAUGAUCAUAGCUCACUGCAGCCUUGAACUCCUAGGCUCAGGCAAUCCUUUCAUCUUGGCCUCUCAAAGCACUGAGACUGUAGGCAUGCACCACUGUGACCGGCCCCAAACAACCCUUUUACUCGGCUUUUCGGAAGGAAAAAUGUUGCUAAACUUUCCCCUUCUCAUGUAUCCACCCCCAUCCCUUGGCUGGCCUCUUCUAGAGACUGAGGCACUGGGGACUGCCUGAGAACUUGGGGCAGGGGCGGGGGAUGCACUGAGGCAGGCGUUGAGGAACUCUGCAGCUCCCUCUUCCUUCCCCA